GGAAGUGACCGGUGAAAGUAACAGCCUGCUAACAAGCUAAUUCAACGUUAAACUCAAUAAACAGCAGCGUCAUGGCGGAACGGAAGGACCAAGCUAAAGGUGCAGCUCACAAGUCCACAGACGAUGUAAACGCCUCAAUGUUACAGGAUGCCAUGGCCGAUUUCUUGAAGUCCAAUAUGGUGCGCAUUCAAGGAGCCGAUCACUUCAUGCAAAUCAUAUCCACUGGCGUCUUCAAUGAUUCUAAGCCCUUCUUCCCCGAAGAAGACCUCUCAUAUUCAGACGUCAGCGAUUAUGAUGAUGAUGAAGAUGAUUAUUUUCAGCAACAGAAAGCUGCUCAUCAGUCUAAAGAGUUCCAAACGACAAAAAGCACUGAUGAGAAGGAUGAUAAAGAUGAAAUAAAAGCAGAAGAAGAGCGAUCCAAGGAGAAAAAGCAGAAGAACAAGCGUAAAAAGACUCGUCGAAAGGAAAAGAAACAAUCAGAAAAGGAGAAUACAGUCAAUUUACCAGAGGAAGAACCAGGAAACUCCGACUCCUCUGAAAAUCCGGAAGAAAAUCCUUCUACUGACAAUAAUACAGAAGCAAAUAAAUCCCCAGAAUGUGAUAAAACUCAAAAUGAAACCAAAGCUGCCGGAGAUGAGGAAAGGAGCGUUGUUAAUAAUAGAGAAGAAAAUCUUGCUACAAUUAAUAAGAAAGAAGAAGUAAAAGAAGAUGAAAAGGAAAAGGAGUUUGAUUCCAAUAAUUCAUAUGCUGUUAAAUCGAUGCCCGAGGAGACGUGUAACCAGAAGCCUGCACAGGAAAUGCAGGGAAUAAGCCGAUUAGUUGAAGUUCUGCAGCUUGAGGAGGAGGAGCCUAAAGUUGUGGAGGAGGAGCCUAAAGUUGUGGAAAAUCCUGAAGUUCCAAAGGAAAAGGAAAAGAGAAAUGAACCCAAUGAAGAGCAAUUACAAAAAGAGAACGUACAACAGAAAACAACGGAUACAGCCGCAGAGGAGUAUGCAAAAAUAAGCAGAGAGCUGGCUGGUACAGGGAAUCGUUUUGCGGCCUCUGGAAUGUUUGAGAAGGCGAUUGAAUGCUUUACCGACGCCAUUAAAUUCAACCCACGGGAAUAUAGGUUGUUUGGAAAUCGGUCCCUCUGUUAUGAAAGAAUGCAGCAGUUUGAAAAUGCUCUGAGAGAUGCUGAUCUGUCGCUCAGCAUGGAACCAAACUGGAUAAAAGGUUUAUUCAGGAAGGGGAAAGCUCUGUGUGGGCUCAAGAAAUACUACGAGGCCUUUUUGGUCUAUGACAAGGUGCUACAGCUGGACGGUUCCAGUGCUGAAGCCAAGCAAGAGUCCAAACGAGCACAGACGCUGUACCUCAUGGGACUGGGCUACAGCUGGGCAGAGAGCAACGAGGCCCUGAAGGAUCACGCCACGCUACUGGCAGCUGCUGCAGCUCUGCAUGAUGCACACAAUCCUAUCCAAGGUACCGGUUACAGCGUGUACGAUGCAGACGUAAUCUGGCUGCAGGCAGAAGAUGGCAAGGAGGCACAAGCCAAUCAUUCUGGAGCGCAGCGGGUCAAAGUGCCAGCUCGGACUUCUUCUCCGCUGCAGAACAGAUCGCAGUCUCACUCGCCGACUCCUCAUCCGAGGAAUUAUCCGAAACCGCAGCUCUACUCCGUCUGGGUCGGCGCCUUGGCUCCGACCGUCACCUACGAUUCACUUCAUGAGCUCUUCAGCAGAGUUGGAGAGAUCUACAGCAUCAAGAUAAUGCUGGAACACGAAUGUGCCUUUGUGAACUACACCAGACAGGACGACUGUGAAUUAGCCAUCGAGUCUUUUGAUGGGAUGGGGUUCGAAGGGCUCGUGAUCCAUGUGCGAUAUUCCUUCAAAGGCCAAAGCAGCGGUAUGGGCAAGAAGGAGUGCUUCUUCUGGAGGACCAGCGGCUGCACGAGGCAGGACUGCACCUUCAGACACGUCCCCGACAACAAGAACAUCGACCGUAAGAAAUUCAACAGUCGACUGGGAUUCAACAACAUGUAGGAAAUCAAACGUGACUCUGGUGGCGGGGUUCUCGAGACAAUCAGAUGCAGGAAAAGAAAAUGUGUUUGGAUUUUAACAUUUUGUUGCAUCAGCACGACGGCCGUCACAGAAGAGAAUGUGCCUUUUACAUCAACACACCUCAAGCUACGGGCGUUCCUUUGCCAUUUUAUCAGGGAUUAUUUGUGCUCUUAUCUGUUCUAAGGUUUUGUUCAAUCACUCGAUCUUUUCUUAAUUGCAUUUUGUUAAUUUUAAACUGGAGAUAUAAGAUGUUUUUCUGUGGACUUUUGGUCACCACUAGGUGGCAGCAUUACUGUUAUCCCUCAACAAACUGCUGCUUUCGUUUUAAAGGCUGUGAUUGAUGAGAAGUUUUGCUUUGGCACAUCUGAGGAGCCGUGUUUAGUUUUGAAUCUGUUCAGUAACCUGCAGGGACACUGUUGGUCUGAUGUGUUCUAUGGGUCAGUUCAGUUGCUAUGUAGAUUAUCUGUGAACUUUAAAAAGCUCAGACUUGUUGGAGAAUCUGUUCAAGGUGGAAAGAUGAAGCCUCAGCACUAAGUGUGUUAAUGUCCACACUAACAGGACCAAACACUAAUAAUUAUAUAAAGUCGGUCUCAAGGCUAAAGACAGAUUCUGAAUCUUUCGUGCAAAUCUUCCUAAUUUGGGACGUCACCACGAGGUCAGAGGAAGCCUGACUUGAGAAUGAGAGUUUUUCAUUGUCCCACCCACAAUGCAUUACCAGAAUAAUCCCGGCAGCAGCUGUGUAUCCUGUUGCAGUGUCCUUCUGUCAGAAGCCCUUCACAGUUAUAAAGAAUGACUGUGGUCCCUCAGAUUUCAUUUACACAGGCUUCUUCUGAGCCUCUCCCUCCUCGGCCUCCCUCCAGGCUGUUCACUGUAGACCCGUCUCAGCCCGGCAGGUUUGUUAUUCCACUCGGAGCAGAUCAGGAUCACUCCUGCGACUCUGGUUAUGCAACGUCUGUAAUGUGAAUUACAAAAUCUUCCCAAAGAGCUGAAUAAUCGCCUGGAAAAGAGUUUGCUCUGGAGGGAACAGGUUUUUGGCGUUUAGCUGUGGAAGGAGCUCGGUCUGGACCUUCAGGGCCGAGCAGCUGGACUCGUGGGCAUUAAUUGGCCGCUGGUGGCAUACCUCACAAAGCCCUUUUGAUCUGUGUGGGAUCUGAGAGCAUGAAAGGCCUGUAACACUAAUAACAUGAACUCUGCCUGAACCCGCAGGCAGCACUGGGACAUGUGGUUGAUAUAUCACCAACUUGCAAAAAGGCUCUAUAUUUAAUCUGCUUGGUCGGCCCGGCUCUGCCCCACUAGAAACCUGUUCCAAUGCAGAUAAAGACUGAUAAGAGCUCAGUGUUCACAGACCGGCAGGAACCGACGUACAGAGCCAAUCCCCGACUUAAGCAAAGCAAACACCAGGAAGAUGAAACGUGUCUUGUAAAACGGAGGCCGCCUGGUUCUUAGAGCUUUUAACGGAUUUCUCUUCCCCUAAAGGAAACAGAGAAACACACAGGGACAGAAAUUAACCAGCUGACACGGCAGGUUGCUCUCCCACUCUUUGCUUUUUGAUAUAUGGCGAUGCAGCAAAAAAAUCCCACACACUCCCUCCAGAGAAGUUUUUCAGCCGGGGGUAAUUGAAUGCAUCUCUGUGAGCGCCGGGGACACGUAAUCAAAUUUUUAUUCUAAUUUCUGUGGUUUCCUCGGCGCUGGUAAAUAAACUGUUGAUGUGACGAGAGGGAGAAGCUGAGUCACGCUGCAAGUCAACAGUCUAAUUCUCUCAGGAAGCCAAAAUAAAUGCUCCUCUGCAGCUGCUGGGCUCCACACGCCUUCAAUCCAACCAGAACCUCCCCAGCAGGGCUUUUAAAGGAGGGACACUUCACACUGGACACACCAACGUUUGUUCAUGUUUUAUUCACCCACAAAUUAUUGGAGGGACUUUGUCUUUGUAUUUUAACAUCUUGUGACUGAUGAGACAUUUUCAGCCAAAGUCUGAGUCGUUUUUCAGUCUGAGCUGAUUAGUCUGAGCUUUUCCUCUGAUUUAAAACUUAAAAUGGUCUGAGAUCUUCUUUUAUUUCUUUGCCAAAAAUGUGCAAUUUCUUUUAAUCAGAUUCUGGUGACAGAACAGUUAUUGUUGGUCUUGAAAACGAUUUUGCUGGAUUUCUGAGUGUUCCUAUUUAAAUACAUGUUUAAGGUUGUUUUGUUUUAUCAUAAAUGUAACUUGAAUGUUUUUGAAAUUGAAUUUUUACUGAAAUACUUGAAUAAACUUUGGGAGAUUAAAGACUUUAA